AUGGAAGCGAAGACCACUGAGCCCGGUGCCAUGGCGGCAGUCCACGAGGAGACUCGCCAGGAUGUGACGAACUUCUUACCUCCCAGCGAGGCCAACGACAAGCUCAGUUUCCGCGACUUUUGGAAGAACCGACGCGUCUUGAUGUUCUGCAUGAUGAUCUAUCUCCUUCCCAUCAACUUCGGCUACGAGGUCUCGAUGAUGGGAAAGCUCCUCGCCGUGACACCUUUCGCGCAGCAUUUCGGUUACAAGGCUGGCAACACUUGGAUCAUUAGUGCGAAGGAUCAGCAGAUCCUGAACGCUGCCAACACAAUCGGCAUUUUCUGCUCGGCCUUCCUGACCGGCAUCGUCAGCGACUUCAUCGGCCGGAAGAAGACAAUCAUCAUUGCCUGCGUCGUCUGCAGUGGUGGCAUUAUUCUCCAGUACUUCAGCAGCUCCAUAUUGAUGCUCUUUGCGGGAAAGGUUGUGUCUACUCUCGGCUUUGGCCUUGGCCAUUCGCUUGGGCCUGUCUUCGUCGCCGAACUGGCACCUGUCAAGAUGCGCGGAAUAUGCUUGGCUCUGGUGAAUACCAACAUCGUCCUAGGCCAGUGGCUCAACUCCCUCGUCGUAUAUGCAUGCAAAAGCGACCCUACCGAUAUGGCCUGGCGCAUCCCGAUCAUCACGCAGAUCAUCCCUCCAGGCCUACUCCUUCUCUGCCUCGUCUUCCUCCCCGAGUCCCCUACAUGGCUCCUUAUCAAGGGUCGCCGCGACGAUGCCUCCAAGGCCUACCUUCGAUUCAACGGUCCAGAGUUCGACGUGAACGCCGCCCUCGCCGUCGCGACUGUCGCCAUCGAGAAGGAAGAGGAAGUUAAAAAGGCCAACAAGUCGAGCAAGUGGAUCGAGUGUUUCACGGGCACCAAUCUUCGCCGCACAACGAUUAUCAUCAUGGUGUAUAUCUCACAGCAGUUCAUCGGAGUUGGUUUCAUUAGCGGCUACCUCACGUAUUACUUCCGCCUGGCUGGCGUUAACGAUCCUCUUGCUAUUGGGCAGGCUGCCAAUGCCAUCCAGCUGUUUGGCAACAUCUGCUCAUGGCCGUUGGUCGAUCGGCUGGGGCGACGGCCCAUGAUUGUCGGAGGGUCAUGCGUCAUGACUGCGCUCCUGCUUGUGAUCGGUGGCAUCAGUACUAUCGGAACUGCCCCUGCAUUGUCAGCUACCGUUGCCUUCAUGGUCAUCUGGGGAUAUCUCUACCAGGCGACCCUUGGAGCAGUGGCCUACACGAUUGGCGGAGAGACAAGCAGCGUUCAACUUCGGCAGAAGACGUACAGUAUCAACAUCAUGGUUGCGACAGCUGUCAGCUGCAUGUGGACACAGAUCAUGCCCUACCUACUCAAUACCGACCAGGCCAAUCUCGGAGGCAAGAUCUGCUUCGUCUUUUUCGGAUUCUCCCUGCCGGUGUGCGCUUAUCUCUACUUCUGCCUACCCGAGCUCAAGGGCCGCAACUAUGCCGAGGUCCAAGAGCUGUUUGCGAAUCGCGUCCCCGCUAGACAGUUCAAGACCUAUGUCUGCAGUGUUAGUCUGGCUAAUGAGGAGCUCAAGGAGAAGGUCUGA